AUGACAGAUCUCCACGAUUUAUGCAAGUUCACGAAAAGACCACUUACAGAAGAGUAUGUGGACAAUCUCAAAUAUUAUUUGAAAAAUGGUAUACCUUCGACUUACACUGUAGAAGAAGCAUACAACUUUGAGAACGGGAAAGAAGAUGAAGAAACAACUUCAAACACCACACCACUUCAUUUGAUCUGUAGACACAUCCCAGAAGAUUGCACCGAGGAAGAAAUUGCCAUUGCUAGCAAGAUGGUUGAAAUUCUUUUAGAAUAUGGUGCUGGAUGGUGUCUUGUAGAUUCAGAUGAAAACACUCCAGGGUGUAUUUUAAUCAAGAGGAACCUCAAAAAGUUACCAAUUUAUACACAAAUUGUUCAAGCUGGGGUUAGAGCUGAAUUGCUUUUAAGAAAAGUUGAAGAGAUAGAAUUUGUUGAUGAAGAGGAUUAUUUACAUGAUGUAGAAGUGAAUGGUGAAGAAGUUCCUGAAUUAGUAGAGGAACUGUCUGAGGUUGUAGAAAAAUCAGUUGAAGAACCACAGCCGGUUGAAGAAUCAGUUGAAGAAUCAGUUGAAAAACCAGUUGAACAGCCAGUUGAAGCUAUCGACCCUUAUGCUAAUGAUCCAGCAACUAAUCAAGAAACUUAUCUUAAAACAAAAUUAGAAUAUAAGGAUGGAGCACUUGUCACAAAAGAAAACAAAGAUGGAGUUAUGAUGGAAUGGGAAUCUGAAUUGAUGCGUAUGGGUAGCGAUUCUCUUUUCAAGGGAGUUCCAGAAGAUGCUGAAGAAAAGAAGGAAGAUGAUAUGGUUGUACUUAACAUUGGGUUUGGAAUGGGGAUCAUCGAUACUAUGAUUCAAAAUAAAAAACCAACCAAACAUUACAUCUGUGAAGCACAUCCAGAUGUGUUAGCCAAGCUUAAAAGAGACGGAUGGUAUGAAAAGCCUAAUGUUGUUAUUUUAGAAGGCAGAUGGCAAGAACAACUUACCAAACUUUUAUCUGACGGCAAUGUUUUCUUCAAUGGGAUCUACUAUGACACUUAUUCAGAACACUAUUCCGAUAUGUUGGACCUUUUCGACUUUGUGGUUGGUUUAUUAAAACCUCAUGGGGUGUUUUCCUUUUUCAAUGGACUUGGUGCUGAUAGACAAGUUGUAUAUGAAGUUUACAAGGAAUUGGUCGAGAUGGACUUGAAUAAUUAUGGGUUGGAUUGUAAGUUCACAGAAUAUGAAGUUCCAAAGGAAACCAUGCAAGCUCCAAACAACCCACAACCAGAGAGUGUUUGGGAUGAUAUCAAGAGAUCAUACUGGUCAUGUCCUGUUUACUACCAUCCUGAGGCAAGAUUCAUGGAAUAUUAG